UGGUGUUUUUUAUUCUUAUUACAGUCGCGAUUAAAUUAUGCAAGUUAUUUCAGUGUUAGUUAAGUUAUACAAGAUGUUUCAGAAAAGUACAUAUUUGUUUUUAAUGAUAAUAAACUCAGGAUUAUCAAUUUUAUGGGAUGAAAGUAAUUUUCCUAAAAUUUCCGACAUUGAAUUAACUAAAGAACCACUUCAAAUUAAUGAAACUUACACCCAGGUCAAGCUUGAUAACGUCAAUGGAACUCUCUACGCAACAUCAUUAUCAAAAUUGUCAAAAAUAACAGACCUUCAAAUUUAUACAAAUGGACUAGAAGAUGUGGAAGACGGUGCUUUUUGUUCAUCUCCAAGUUUAAAAAACUUUGAAAUUCUUUUUUACACAAAGGAAAAACCUUUAACUAUUACAAAAAAUAUUUUGAAAAAUUGUGACAAGCUUGAAAAAUUGGAAAUAGUGACAAACACCGACAAUAUGUUGCUACUUGCUCAAGAUGCAUUAGAAAAUUUGCCCAAAUUGAAACAACUUCAAUUAAUGGGUUUCAACUUAACCCAACUCUCAACAAAUUAUUUUCAGAACUUAAAUUUAUUAGAAACAUUAACAAUACGAAGUUGUAAUGUGGAAAAAAUUGACCCAAAUUUUCUCGAUAAUUUUCCAAAUUUGAAAAAAUUUGAAUUCAGUUGGAACCAUAUAACUCAAUUGCCUCCAAAUUUUUUUAAAAAAAGUUCAAAGUUGGAAAAUUUAUAUUUAGAUAGAAAUAAUUUAACAGAUUUGUCUUGGGACGAAUUUGAUGGUUUAACCUCGCUGAAGUAUUUAGAUAUUAGUGCAAACCAAAUUUCAAGUUUUAAUGCUGAAAAAAUUGCAAAAUAUUUGCCGAAUUUGACGGGAUUGUAUUUUACUUUUAAUCCUCUGGAGUGUAACAAGAGAGAAGCUUUCGCUAAUGAACUUAUCAAGAAAUUAAAUCGGACAAUUGAAAUCAGGCAUAAGUUUGAUCCUGGAUUUUUCGAUUCAUGCGAAGUUUUUGAGUAAUUGAUCAUUACAUAAAACAACGUAUUUUUUUUGUAUUUUUGUUUCACAGCAAAAAUUAAGCCUUUUGUAUGUUUUGACACGUGUAACUCACGUCACUUCAAAAUCUCACCUCUUUGAUACAGUGUAUUCUCUGGAAUUGUAAUAAAUUGAAAAAAAAUAA